AAUUGAACUCGACAGUCAGUGUAACCAACAACAUUGAUAACAUAACGCCAUUGAAAUCCCUUCUCUCUCUGUGGAAGAAACUCAUGUCGGGAAGUCCAUUCAUUAAAGGAGACUAUCAAAUUAAAGAGUGCGGGGGCGGGUGGUGGUCGUGCGUGUGCGAGUGCGAGGCCCGCGACGUGUGCCGUGCCGCGCCUGCGGUACACGGACAUCUCGCCCGCGCCGCACGAAACGCAAGGGGACUGGCGCUCACGGUAAGCGACGAAUGGCAAAUGUUAUGGAGCGGGCCGACGACAAUGGACUCGUACGUCAAAGAGUUUGGCAUCAGAGCUCGUGCCGCACUCGCGCGACUUGACACCAAACAACCUGCAGCGGACUAUAUGCCUACAGAAGUGGACCUGCGUUCGUUCCUGCGUCCGUCGCGCGUGAUAUGGGCGCUGCGGGCGCACACGGCGGCGCGACUCAACUGUAACAUACACGCACUCACUCUCUCCGUCAAAUGGAACUGGAACGAAGGAGAGAGCACCCAAUCGGGUAUAGUGGUCCGCGGCGUGCGUCUGUCGGGCGCGCAGUGGGCGGGGUCUGCGCUGGCGCCGUGUACUGCCGCCGCGCCGCCACAUGCGCCCGCGCCGCCACUGCUACUGCGGUACGUGCUGCAGGAGUCUGACAACGAGUUGGUUUGGGAGCGCAGCGUCGAAGUGCCGGUAUACAACAACGAAGCGCGCGAGUCGAUAGUGUUCAGUGCGCGUGCGCCGCUCGUACAACACUUCGAACCUGAUCUAGCCACGUUACACGCUAUCGCACUGUUUAUAGCCGCCAAUGAUUAGAAUAUUUCUAAUUUAGUUAUAAAGGAUGUUACACGAAAUAUAAUCAGAAUUGAAAUAUAAUACGGUAAAACGGGGUGAAUAGAAUUCAAUAGAUAUUAGAAUAUUUUCCCAAUUUAGGGAACAGAGAGUAAAGUUCCCUAAGAAAAGGAGGAUCCUCCGACCAGGCGAGGUGAUCAGCCUGGCGGGCUUUCUGCCCAACUGUUGUUCGUUGGGAUUUUCUAUCCGUGUUAAUUCGCAUGCAAACUUCAUAUGUGCGAUGCAGGAAUUUGUGACGUCAUCCGUUGAUUUGCUCGUCGAUAGUCUAUGUGCGACUUCUGUCAUCUGUCACUUGUCAGAGUGUCGCCACAUCACUCCCCCCCAAGACCGAAGGUCGAUCCUGUUGAGACG